AUGAUGGCAUACGAGGACUACUACAAACGAUCAUGGAAGAUUCCGCCAAAGAAUCGAGCACCAUCUCGAUACACACCCACCAACCGCCGCAAUGACUGGAAAACGAGCAUCUCAAAAUGGACAGCAGAAGUGCAACACAACCCCAUAAACGAAGAACAACCAACCCCGAAACCUGAAACCACAGACUCUCCGAUUGUUCCUGUGACGAUCACAAGCACUACAGAUAUUCCUCCAGCGAUCACAAGCACUCCAGACAUUCCCACAUCUUUGUCCUAUGCAGAUGGCGUGCACCACGACAGAUGGACGAUGAAGUUCAAGGAUGCAUUUACACGCAAGUCCUAUAUUGGCGAAAACAUCGAAGGACAUCACUACGGCGUCAGCGAAAAGGGUGCAAGCAAUCCUGACAGCUUCUUCGUAUGCAAGAGAAAAAAGGUCAAAUCCACGCUGCUAUGGGGCAAGGAUAUGAAGAGGAUGGACGAACGCUGUUGGGAGGUGGUCAAAGCACUUUUGAGACACCGAGCCAGCCACGAGCGUGACUGCCACUGUGAUUUCGAGUGGAUCAGGAGUGGCUGGACUAGACGCGAUACUUCGAGGUUGUGUGAGUGGAAGGCGGGCAAGACUGCCAAGUCGGUGUUGAAGGCAAUGGAAAGUCAUGAUGAGCAAUGUUGUUGUGGUGCUUUUAGUUUUCCGAAUAGCAGAGCCAUGGCUAGAAGGCAGCAAGAGGAGGCUCUUCAGAACAAGAAUACAUGA